AUGCGCCCAAGGCACACAUGCAAGAACUUCGCAUCCCUCGCCCAACGCGGCUACUACGACAACGUAAUCUUCCACCGCAUCAUCUCAAAUUUCAUGAUCCAAGGUGGAGAUCCAACCGGCACUGGCAGGGGGGGAAGUUCGAUCUACGGCGAGAAGUUUGAGGAUGAAAUCAGCUCGUCGCUGCAACAUUCUGGCGCUGGGAUCUUGAGCAUGGCCAAUAGCGGGCCCAAUACCAAUGGUAGUCAGUUUUUCAUUACUCUUGCUCCGACACCUUGGCUGGAUGGGAAGCAUACGAUAUUUGGCAGGGUGAAGGAUGGAAUGGGAGUUGUGCAACGGAUGGGGAUGGUGAAAACGGGAGCGGGGGAUAGGCCGGUUGAUGACGUUAAGAUCUUGAGUGCGAAGGUUGUGGAAGAAGGAGCGAAAGAGUGA